AUGAGGGGAAAAAACAUCAGCAACAUCAGUGAAUUCAUUCUCCUAGGAUUCCCCACAGCCCCAUGGCUCCAGUAUCUGCUUUUUCUUCUCUUCCUUUUUGUUUAUCUCUUUGUCUUGAUGGAAAACUUCAUUAUCAUCUUCACUGUCUGGGCCAACACCUCUCUUCAUAAGCCCAUGUACUAUUUCCUAAGCAACAUGUCAUUCUUGGAAGUUUGGUAUGUGUCUGACAUCAUUCCCAAGAUGCUGAGUGGUUUUCUCUUUCAGCAAAAAAACAUAUCAUUUGUUGGAUGCAUGACCCAACUAUACUUCUUCAUUUCUCUGAUCUGCACUGAGUGUGUCCUUCUGGCCUCCAUGGCCUAUGACCGCUAUGUGGCCAUCUGUUACCCACUCCGGUAUGGAGUAAUCAUGACCACAAAGUUAUGUGUGCAGCUGGUGGCCUUUUCCUAUGCAACUGCCUUCAUCAUCUCUAUAAUCAAGGUCUACUUCAUCUCUCAUGCCACAUUCUGUGGUUCUAGUGUCAUUAACCACUUUUUCUGUGAUGUCUCGCCUAUCCUUAAACUAGCUUGCACAGACUUCUCAACAGCUGAACUUGUAGACUUUGUCCUGGGAUUCAUCAUCCUGGUGUUCCCACUCAUUUCCACUAUACUGUCAUAUGGCUACAUCUCUUCAACUGUCAUCCUAAUCCCAUCAUCCACAGGCCGCUGGAAAGCCUUCUCUACAUGUGCUUCUCAUCUCAUUGUUGUGAUCAUUUUCUAUACAGCCUUGAUCUUCAUGUAUGUCCGAUCCCAAGCCAUUGACCAAAGAAGUUCCAACAAACUGAUUUCAGCCAUAUAUACUGUUGUAACCCCAAUUGUAAAUCCUCUGAUCUAUUGCCUGAGAAAUACAGAAUUCAAGAAUUUCCUGAAAAAGACUAUGGGCCUAGCUCAUACUCUUGAAAAGUGA